GAUGAAAAGGAAGAGAAAUCACAGCAACAACAACAAUGAUCAGGAAGAUGUAGCAAAGAAGGCAUCAGAUUUGAAAAAGGCAUAUGAAGAAAAAGAUUAUAAAAAGUUAAAAGUAGCUAUAGACAAAGCUUCUGUUAAACCAAUAAAUCCUUUAUUAAUUAAAGAUUUAUCAAAAGCUAAUGAAUUAAAAGCAAAUUUAGAAAAAAUUUGUGGACAAACUGAUGAAUGGAAAGAAUGUCAAGUUUUUAUUAAAUAUGCAUGCUCUUAUUCUAUUUUAAAGAAAAUUAAAGCUCUUAAAAUCUUAACUGUAGAUCCAGCAAUCAUUCUCAGAGCUGAACAAAUAAUUUGUGAAUUAAAUCUGCAAGAAGUCAAGGAGGCAAGUGCAGGUGCAGCAGCAUUCUAUUUAUGGUGUAAAGGUAACAUUGACAUCUAUAAAAAGAUUAACAAAGAAGAAAUAGGAAAAUCACAGCCAGCAACCAGAAAAAUACAAAAAAAUACUUUCUAUCAUCUUUUCAUCAUUAAGCUGUUAAGAAGACACUGA